GUUAGGAUUAGUUGUUAUUCUGCUUAACGGUGCAUUUAUUGUAUAUUAUAUUAAUAUGAAUUCCGUACUACUAGUGUGUUUGCUUAUUGUAAUAAUUCCUACUGUAUUUAGUAAAAAAUUCAAAGAAGAAGAAAAACCAGAAUGGGCCAAAAAGGACAUAUCAGAUUUCAAUGAUGCAGAUAUGGAAAGGUUGCUCGAGCAAUGGGAGGAAGAUGACGAUCCUCUGGAGCCGGACGAAUUACCGGAACACCUUAGGCCUAUGCCCCAACUGAAUCUCAAUGACAUCAAUCCCAGCGAUCCCGAAGGCAUACUGCAAGCCUCCAAGAAGGGUAGAACUCUCAUGACAUUCGUUCAAGUAGCUGAUAAUCCAACGCGAGAUGAAACUGAAGAAAUAACUAAAUUGUGGCAGACGAGCCUCUGGAACAACCACAUACAAGCUGAAAGGUAUUUAGUUGAUGAUAAUAGGGCUAUAUUCUUAUUUAAAGAUGGUUCCCAAGCUUGGACCGCUAAAGAUUACCUCAUUGAACAGGAAAAAUGCGAGAGUAUUACAAUUGAAUCUAAAGUAUAUAAGGGUAAACAUUCCAAAGAUGUCAAACAAGAAUUGUGAAUAAAU